GAGAAGAAGUGGAGUGAAGACGCUCUCCUGUGCUGAUGGUGGUGUUGUGUCUCCUCAGACAUGCAGUCCUGCAGCGUCCAUCACUGUGUCCUGUUCUUACUCACACUCACACUCAACACUGAUCCUGGAUCAGCUGCUGUCUUUCCUAUUUAUGCGACUCUUCAUCGUCCUGUGACUCUCCCAUGUGAAGCUCAGUGUUCUGGUCGGGCCACAUGGAGUUUGGACAGUAAUAGAGACGACGUCUUCGCUCAGUGUGAUCAGACAUCAUGUACAUCAGUGAAGGAGGGAUAUGAAAUGUCUUAUGAUCAGUUUAAGAAGGGAGAUCUCUCUCUCACCAUCACUAAACCUGAUUACAGUAUGAGGAAGACGUACACGUGUGAGUGUGAUUACUCAGAUGUCAUUACUGUGAACCUCAGAAUCUUCACCGUGUUCUCAGCAGUUCAGGUGAAGACUGGUGAAGAUCUGAAGCUGGAUGUGUCCGUACCAGAGCCAGUGGAGGUGAUUUAUAGAAGCAGAGACUCAGCUGAUGAUGUACAGAUCUGUAACGUGACUCAACGCUCACUACAGUGUAAAUCUGAAUACACACCCAGAACAUCACUCAGUUACCCAGAGCUCACACUGAGACACAUGGAGAGAAGUGAGAGUGGAACUUACAUCAUCAGGAACCUGAACUUUAAAGAAGACAUCCGUGUGUACGCCGUCUCUGUGUCAGCAGAGUACAGUGUGUACAGUGGUGUAAAAUCCUGUCUGCAGCGUAUCGACACCUGGUGCCGCACAAACAAAGAGGAGCAGAACAACUGCAUGCAGCAGGCCAGUGGUAGAGUGGAGAACAUCACACAGGUGCAGAACAUGGUGACAUUUUUGGGGGAGUUAGAGCAGUGCUGUAAAGAUAAAAAGAAUGAACUGAAGAAAUACAUGGGGAUCUGAUAACAGGAUACACACACACACACACACACAUUUAGUCUUAUUCUCUUCAUUACAUUAUAGAAACAUUAACUCUGAUUCUCUUCAUUAUGUUACAUUAUAUAAACAUUGUAAGCAGUUGUGUAAUAGUUUUAUAAUAGUUUACAUAAUAAUCUUUGAUCUUUAUGUUAUUGUGUGUGAGACUAACAGAACUGUAUUGUGUAUGUAAUAACGUGUGUAAGUGUGUGUCUGUGUGUGUAUUGUUUAUUAUUUCUUUGGUAAUUUCUGUGUGUAAUGUGAGGUGAGAAGGGGGCGGAGUCAGACCUCAUCACCCCACCCUUGGUUAGAUCAGACUGGGGGUCGCACUGCAGCAGUCAGGAACACGUGAGGAGCCGUUUGUCCAGGUUCUGAGAAGUGCUGAAGUUCCACAGAGACAAUCAGCUCAUCUGGUUUAGCAGUAAAGGCUGACUCCUCCCCUUAGCAUUUAGCAGCGUAGCAGUAAAGGCUGACUCCUCCCCUCUGGCCAAUAAGUGACGAGUGUUACAUUAGAAGGAAAUCAGUCAGAAUGACUUCUGUAAAUGAUCAGUGUUCUACAAAACCAAUAAAC